CUUGUUAUUGUUAUUCUUUUUUUUUUUUGUGGUUGUUUUCGUUGUUUUUUUUUAUCAUGAGUGCAAGCGCCAUUCCGCUGUCGAACGUCUCGGCACCCGACCUCAAGCGCGCGGGCUGUGCUCGAUUCGGCUUUUUGCGCAAGCUCACGGGCGCGAUGGGCAGCUGGAAGUUGCGGUACAUUCUGGUGCGCGCCGGAUGCGUCUACAUUUACAAGACCGCGACGGCAUCGAGCUCGCAGGAGCAGUACCCGCUGGUCUUGUUUGACUUUGAGGGCAAGUCAGAGUUCCGAAAGGUCCAGCAUGUCAUGCGCCUCGUGCCCAAAAGCCCGUCCAUCAACCCCAUAUACCUUGCAGCAGCCUCGCUGACAGACAUGGAGGCGUGGCUCAAGGUCUUCCGAACAGAAGCCGCGCGCUUUGUCCAGCGCCCAUCGUUUGUUGGCGGCGCGCCCUCGACACCCCCCGCCCGUGCACCUGCACCACUCACCUCUGCCCGCUCGUCGCUGUCGCUGGGCGGCUCGCCUGCGCACGCGCCUCCGGUGCCUGGCCAAGGCGAAGGCUCGUACAUUUACGACUUUGACAGCUACGACGCCGCACACGACUACCACGAUCUCGAGCCGGGAGCAGAGGGCGAUGCGUACAUCCAACUCGAGGACGACGAUGACGACGACGACGAUGUCCACAACGGCGACUAUGUCGAUCUCGAGUCAGACGAGGAAGAAGGAGGUCUACAUCCCUACGACGACGUCUUUGACGACGGCCAACCUAUCGGCCACUCGUACCCAUCGCACGGCGGCCACAACAGCCCCGCAGCGUUGCCGCCAGUGUCACGCGAUAACAAGCCCCGUGGCGCACCCGAACUGCCGGCUCGUGGUAGUGGUGGUGGUGGCGUUCACACCCCGCCGCCGCUGCCAGGCAACCAUCCAAUGGCUCGCCCCGGCGGCGUCAGCGGCAGGGGUAGCGCUCCUGCUGUGCGACCACCACUCACCUGCGUGGAAGACGCACGGUGGUUUUACAGGGAAAUUUCGCGCGAAGUCGCCGAGGCCAAGCUCAUGACACAAGCCGCGGGCGCCUUCCUCAUCCGUUGCUCUGAAACACAGCCGGGCAAGCAUGUUCUCUCGGUUAUGGGCUACGACCGAGUUCGGCAUUACAAGAUCUUUUCCGAGCGCAACUCGUACUCUAUCGCCGACGACAAGACUUUCACCUCGGAAUUGGAUCUCUUGAAACACUACCACACCAGCACAUUGCCAAACGCCACAGACAAUCUGCGAAUCUUGAAGGGCGUCGUGUCUUGAAGUGAGCGGUGGCUGUUUUUUUGCUUUUUUUGCUUUUUGUCUUGUUGGUUUUUCGUUUCCGGUUGAAACGGACUGGCACAAAUGCUGUUUCAACACCACCUCCCCAUCAGUCGUAUUCCUCGAUUUCAAUUGCGUUGGCAUUCGUUCUCGCUCGUUCUUCCUGUCUCUUCAUGAUGCGAACUUUCAACUUUGAUAGGUCUUGC